UCGCCGCAGGGUUGCUAGUUGUUACGCACGCUGGGCGCAAGCGCAAAAGAGAAACGAGCCAGCCGCAUUCUGCUGCAAUUUACCCAGGCCGGGGCUCCCAAUGCUUCCAAAAGCUGUUCUCUUUUGAGGAUGUAACCCCGAGAGCGGUGGCAAUUUUGCCACCGGCCGGGACGAUGCUCUCCUUCAUCCUGUCUGUGGUCCUGGUGCUGCUGGUCGCCUCUGGAGAGUUGUCGCUCUUCACCCUUGCAACUGGUGAGCCUCCCAGAGAGGAGAGCGUCUUAAAGAGAAAAGGUGAAAAGACCCUAAAGACUCCUCAAAAUGUAAGCGUUGAGAUUAUAGAUCAUAAUUUUAUCCUGAAAUGGAACUGGGACAAUGAGCCUACAAGCGAUGUUACUUUUUCAGCAUAUUACCAAAAAUUGGGAUCUAGUAAGAUGAACAAUUGGAUCGAAUUGAUUGGAUGUCACAAUAUCAUUGGCACCAAAUACAACUUUACUUUAACUAAUUUAAAUAUAUUUGAAAAAAUUAGAGAGCAUAUAAGAUCUGAAAAAGGACAAGAAACAUCAUUGUGGAAUGUUAUCCAAUUUGCACCAUUUCAGAUAGCACAAAUUGGUCCUCCAGAAGUACAAUUAGAAGCUGAAGAUCCAUCAAUAAAAGUAAACAUCUCUCUUCCACGAACAGCAAAUAGUAGUGUGUGGGCUACUGAUAUCUCAAAUUUUACAUGCAGUUUAAUUAUUUGGAAAAACUCUUCCAGUGUAGAAAAAAUCCGUCAUAAUGUUUUUUCCAGAGAUAAAAUUAACAAUCUUUCACCAGAAACCACUUAUUGUUUAAAAGUUCAAGCAAGAUUACCUAUACUGAAAAAAAUUGGUUCCUACAAUCCAAUAUUUUGUGUAAAUAUUACAGCUAAACGUAAAUUACCUCGUCCAGAAAAUGUAGAUGUUGAUCCUAUAAAUAAUUAUAUUCUUAAAUGGAAUUAUCCAUAUGAAAACAUGAAGUUUCAAGUUCAGUAUCUCCUUGGUUAUUUUAAAAGAAUUUCAACUGACUACUCAGACAAAUGGAAAACUGUAUCUGCUUGUGAAAAUAUCAUAAAUAAAUAUUGUAACUUAUCAAAAGUAAUCACCACAGAUGGAAUUUAUUACCUACGUGUACAAGCUUUGAAUGGAACUAUCACAUCUCUUUGGUCUGCUGAAAAAAAAUUUGAUACUAGAACAAAAGCCAGAAUAGGUCCUCCAAGCAUAGAAGUGAAACCCAAUGAGGAUUCAUUCUUUGUCUACAUUACUGUUCCAGGAGAAUCUGAAAAAAAGCUAUUGGGUCAUGAUUAUUCACUAACUUAUGAAGUUACUUACUGGGAAAAUGAUUCAAAUAUUGAGCACAAAAUGAAGGGAAAACAGAAAUUACUUAAAGUUUCUAAUUUGAAGCCCCUGGUUCUGUAUUGUUUCAAAGUCAGAGCACUUCUUGAUGAUGAUAGCAACAAAAGCACUCAAUUUGGCAAUGUUGUAUGCAGUAAAAUAAUACCAGGUAAACAACAAAAAACCUGGAUUAUAGUCAUUUGCUUUUUAAUUAUUAUUGGACUGAUCUUCAUAUCUUUUUGUUUAAAAGUUCUACUAAAAUUGGUAAAAUAUGUGUUCUAUCCAUCUUGCAAACCUCCUUCAAAUAUGUAUGAGGCAUUGUUUGAUCAGCCAUCGAAAAGUCUUCUUACCACUUCAGAAGAGCAUACAGAAAGCUGUAUAAUUGAAAAAAUAAAUAUUAUUGAAUUAGAAGAAACAAAUAAAAAUGGAAAAAAUGAUGACAUUUGCAGCAAUCAAGACAAUCAUGAUUCAGGAAACUGUUCCAAUGAGGAUGAAAUAGUAAUAAAAUAACUGAAGAAACUCUAUACAACAGGAAACUAUGCAGCAAUAAACACUCUAAUGUAUCAUCUUGUCGUCGUUCAGAUUGGGAGCCUAAGUCCAAUGUCUUUCUAAAUAAUUCUGAUUUCAGAAGAGAAAUGUAAAAUCCUUUAAAAAAAAAAAAAAAAACUUUCCUCUUUUCUGCUAUUACAAAGGGAGUCUUCUGGGAAAACUACUAAGAAAAAACUAACAACCUCAUUCUAACCAGCCUGCCAUCCAUCUUCUAUGUCAUUGGGAGCCAACUAAACAUUUUGCUUUGUUUUAAACCAGCCUUAAAUACCAGAAAAGAAAGUCAUAUGAACCACACCCACCUGUUGCUGGAACUUUCUAGUUGAAUUACCCUUGACUUUGUGGUUAGAAUUUGGCUCCCUUUAAACAAACUUAAACAUCCAUUCUUUCUCUUUAUAAUAAGAAUCAUAGAUUUCUGAGCCAGAAGAAACCUCAAAAAAUCACCUGACCCAACCCCUUAACAUUUUUUUCAUUUUACUAUAAGAGAACUGAGGUCUUAGAAUGUUGGAUGACUACAUAGAAUUCCCAAUCCCUCUAUUUUUGUCCACCUGCAUUUUUGAUUUCCUUCACAGGCUAGUUGUAUACUAUUUCAAAGUCUAACUCUUUUUGAACAGCAAAAUAACUGUUUGGACAUAUUUACAUAUAUAGUGUUUAAUUUAUACUUUAACAUAUUUAACAUGUAUUGGUUAACCUGUCAUCUGGGGAAGGGGGUGGGGGGAGGGAGGGGAAAAGUUGGAACAAAAGGUUUGGCAAUUGUCAAUGCUGAAAAAUUACCCAUGCAUAUAACUUGUAAAUAAAAAGCUAUAAGAAAAAAAAAAAAAGAAUGUUGGAUGACUCACCCCUGGUUAAUGUCACAUAGGUAAUAAGCAGUCCGCUAUCUUGAUUAAUAAUUUACUAGAGCUAUAACUUUUUGACCAGGAGUUGGAUAGUUUAUUCAGAAAAAUAUUUUUCAAAUGUUUAUUAAUGUGUCUAUAGAGACACCAAUGGUAACUCACAUUAUGUAAUACUUUGAGUUUUGUUCAAAUCAUAACUCUGUAAACUAGGCAACACAAGUAUUAUUAUCUCAGUUUAGCAAAUAAAGAAAUUUUCAGAUUAAGAUUUAGAGCAUGAGGUAUUAAGGUGUCCUUAUACAUAAUAUGAAAUACAAAGCAAAAUUUAAACCUGGGUCUUCUGACUCUAAAUCCAACAUUUUUUUUUCUAAAAUGCUGUGCCAUCUUCAUUAUCUCAUGAUGCUGAAGAUAUAACAUAGGAAAAAAUAGAAUAGGACUGUAUCAGAUUUAGGACUGGCAAAAACUAGUUUGAGCAUCUUGUUGUAUAGCUGAAGAAACAAUGUCCUACCCCCCCCCAAAAAAAAAUUGUGGUUUGUCUUAGGUUUUCAAAGUCAUAAUUAGUAUUGUUAUUCAAAGAGUAAAGUUUUCAGAUAUCUAGAAAUUACUUCAGUUAAAGAGAAAAAACUGUUGUUUGGCCAUUGUGUGAAUUAAUGAUUUCUUCUUUUUAGUUAGAAGCUGACUUCUCUCUGCUACACCACAAUUUUUUAGAUCAUCUCCUUCUACUCUUCAGCCAGGAUAAGGAAUGCCAACUGUGAAUUAGCCUAAGGAAAAUGCAAACCUAUUUUUUAAAAAGCAUAUGCAUUCCUAAUAAAUCAUUUCUAUACUGUUUGCUCUUUACAUUACCUGUGCCAUGGAUAACAAAAAUUUGACUCUUAGGAAGAUUCCCCACACAUUCUGAUGACCUCUAAGAAGUGUUAGGAAACCAGCCUAUAUUGCAUUGACUAUGGGCCUGUUUGGUUUUUGUCCAACUGUAGUCUAUGUAUCAUUAAAUAUCCUCAGAUUAUGAGCAUUCUUAGGCCUCAGCACGAGCCAAUUCCUAAGAUUUUAGUCAUUUUGGAUACACAGGAGAACUGAUUUUAACUUGAAACUGCUGUGGUAUAAAUGUAUUUUAUAUAUAUACUUUUGUAUAUACUUAUUUUAUAUAUACUUAUAUGUGUAUAUGUUGUACAUAUUAUUUGCUAUAAAAUGAAAGAUGCUUACAGGCUGAGACUGUUUUUUGUUAUUUGUUAUUGUUUUCUCUUUGUUUCUAUAGUACCUUCCAGAUGUGUCUGGCACAUAAUCAACUUUUAAUAAAUGCUUUUUUAUUGAUAAUGUU